AUGCCCACAAUUGCGGCCAUCAAUGGCUACACGCAAGAAGCAGGGGUGAUGCUUGGUCUCAGCCAUGACUAUCUCACCCUGAAGAAAGGUAUCCGUUGCCUACAACUAAGUUUGUUGGCCAAACAGAUGGCUUUACCAGCCUACUUCGCGGCUUUGAUUAGGUCAAAGGUUGCCUACCCUCUGGCUUACCGUAACUUUGUCUUGUGCGACUUACACUACGAUACAAAAGCAGCAGCAAAAAUCCAUAUUUUAGAAACGAAGCCUGAGCCUGGAAACAAUGCGCUGAAUGGAAACAACAAUCAUGCUAGUAAUACUGCUUACGAAAAAAGAAACAACCAUAAUAGUAAGAUGACAAUUGACAAGUAUUAA